AUGGAAACCCAAACUCAGCCACACACCACAGCGCAGCCCACCCCCGUCAGGCACAGCUUGGCGCGGGCGGUGGCGCGGGCGGUUAAGCGGCAGGCAAAAGCGGCGCAAGGAGCUAGUGUAUAUGAAGAAGAAGAGUAUCUUUUGGCUUUGAUUGCAAAAGAAGAUGUUAAAAAUGAUAAGAAAUGCAAAGACAAAGUGGAAAAAUACUGUAAAGAACUAAAAGAUUCCAAACUAGAACCAAGAAAGAUACAUAAAAAACUUGAAAGUUUCUGCAAAAAUGGUGAAGCGGAAAAAAAAUGCACAGAAUUGAAAACCAAGGUUGAAGAAAAAUGUACUAAAUUCAAAACACAACUUACUGAAGUUAUCAAAAAAGAAAAUUCAGAAUUAACAAAUAAUAUUUGCAAAGAAAAUGAACGGCAAUGUUUGUUUUUGGAAGGAGCAUGCUCUACAGAACUUAAAAAUGAUUGCAAUAGUUUGAGAAAUAAGUGCUAUCAAAAGAAGCGUGAUGAAGUAGCAGAAGAAGCUCUUUUAAGAGCGCUCAGUGAUGAUCUUAAAGAUACAAAGACAUGUAAAGGAAAAAUUAAGGAUGUUUGUCGUACAUUGGGUCAAGAAAGUAACGAGUUGAUGCAAAGAUGCUUCGAUACAGACUCUUUAUGCACAUCUUUAGUAAAAACAGCAGAAGAAAAGUGUAAAUUUUUGAAGAAAGAAAUAGAGAAUGUAUUAAAACCUAAUGGAGAGUUGCAAAAAAAAGGGCAUUCUUUGCUUAAAGAAUGCCACUUUUAUGGACAAAACUGCAAAAGUUCAGAUAAACCAGAAUGUGAAAAACUUGUAAAUAAAGCUAAAGAAAAAAAGAUUACCUACAAAAAACCAAAUUCAGACUUUGAUCCUACAAAAACAAAAACUACAAUUGCGGAAAAAAUAGGUUUGGAAGAACUUUAUAAGGAAGCAGCAGCACAAGGAGUUCUGAUUGGAAGAGUACUAGAAGGAGAUAUUGUUGAUUUAUUAGUGUUUUUGUCAGGGAAGAAGUCUUUUAGUGAGACUCAAUGCAAGGAAGUGUUCACUACUAAAUGUGAUUCUAUUAAAUAUUUGGCAGAAAAUAUAGAAAAAUUAUGUGGAAAUAAAACAGAACGUGAAAAUAGAUGUAAAGAAUUUGAUGAAGAAUUUAAAAAAAAAAAGAAUACAUUAACUGCAAAACUUGAAAACAGUCAAUUUGAAGAUGAGAUUGCAUUAUGGGAUGGAUUACCAACUUUCCUUACUGAAAAUGAGUGCACAAGAUUACAGUCAGAUUGUUUUUAUUUUGGAGGUCAAACGUCUUUUGAAAAACGAUGCAAUAAUGUUAGGCUAGGGUGUUAUAAAAGAGGGCGUGACGCACUUGCAAAUCAAGCAUUACAAGACAAACUGAGAGGGAAUUUUCAUGACAGAAACGAUAAAUGGCCUGAGACGCUUCAAAAAGAGCUGGUAAAAGUAUGCAUGGGUCUGGAAGGAAAAAGCGAUGAGUUAUUUGUGUUAUGUGUGCAACCGAUAGAAGGAUCCUAUGUAUUAUUAUCAGAUUUACAUAUAAAAACAGAUUUAUUACAGAAAAAUUUGAACGAAAAGCGGGAUUUUCCUACGAAGCGGGAUUGCAGGGAAUUGCAAAAGAAAUGUAAUGAUCUAAAACAAGACUUUGAGGAACUUGAGUGGCCUUGUCUUACGCUGAAACACCAUUGCAAUCGAUUGAAUAUUACAGAACAAUUAGAAGAAAGGUUCUUGGAAGAAAAGGUGAAGGAUUUGGACAAAUUGGAUUCAUGUUUAAAAAACCUGAAAGAACAAUGUCAUAAAUGGAGUAGAAGAGGAAGAACGCAGUUUGCAUUCACAUGUGUAGCGCAGAAUAUUACUUGCAAGAUUCUUACAGAAAGUGUAGGGUCUAAGUGUACUACAUUGGAAGCGCGCAUCGAAGCAAGUGAUGUUAUAAAUCAAGCAAAUAAAGAUGACAAGAAGGAAACGAUUUGUAGCUCCUGGGCACCCUAUUGCAGCAAGUUUAUCUCAAGUUGUCAUAAUUUAACGACUGCUGGUGGUGGAAAAUGUGAAAAGCUUAAUGAGGAGUGUAAAUCAUUUAUUGAAAGGAAAGAUUUGGAGGAAAAAGUAGUCUAUGAAUUAAAGGGUAGUUUAAAAACGAAGCAAGAGUGUCAGAAUACACUUGACAAAUAUUGCACACAAUGGACAAAUGCAAAAAAUAAGCUUAAAACUUUAUGUACUGAUACUACUAAUGGCAAGAACAACACUGAAGUUAGAAAAAAACUUUGCAAAAAAUUAGUGGAACGAGUGAAAAGUCAAUGCCCUGAAUUGCAGAAAAAACUUGCAGAGGCCAAUAAAGAGCUGGAGAAGAAAGCCAGCAAAUAUGAGAAUAUCAAAAAAGAAGCAGAAGAUGCAAUGAAAAAAGCAAGUCUUGUUUUAUCAAAAGCAAAAGCAGAAAACAAUAAAUCAGAAAACGAAGUUGUGCCUAGUGUACCAGCCGCACCUAGUGGAAAAGACACGAAGCCGUUUAAACUUAUAAGAAGAGAUGCAACAGCGAAGGUAACAGAAGACGAAGCGAAAGCAUUUGAUUUGGUUGCACAAGCAUUUGGACUCUAUGUAGAGUUAAGGGAGGAGUGUCAAGAUUUACUAAAGGGAUGUGGAUUUAAAAAGGAAUGUAGUUGUGAAAAUCAAUGUGAGAAAAUAGAAAACACAUGUAAAAAAUUGAAACCAUUGGAAGUGAAACCCUAUAAAAUAGAGACAGUAACUAAAAACAUAACAACGACAACGACGACAACGACAACAAAGACAGAGGGAGAAGGAAAGACGGCAGAGUGCCAGUCUCUGCAGACAACAGACACGUGGGUCACAAAGACGUCUACGCAUACCAGCACGUCCACGACCACAUCCACGGUCACCUCAAGAAUAACACUCACAUCAACAAGGCGGUGUAAGCCUACGAAGUGUACGACAGGAGAGGAGGAUGAAGCAGGGGAAGUGAAGCCGAGUGAGGGGCUGAGGAUGAGUGGGUGGAGUGUGAUGAGGGGGGUGCUAGUGGCAAUGAUGAUUUCAUUCAUGAUUUAA